AUGGCCUCGCUGGACCUGCCGUACCGCUGCCCCCGCUGCGGGGAGCACAAGCGCUUCCGGAGCCUGUCGUCACUGCGUGCUCACCUGGAGUACAGCCACACGUACGAGACGCUCUACAUCCUCUCCAAGACCAACAGCAUCUGCGACGGCGCCGCGGCCGCGAUCGAGAUCCCGCUGGGGGAGCUGUUCGCCCGCAAGUCCGUGGCCUCCUCGGCGUGCUCGACGCCGCCGCCAGGGCCGGGCCCCGGGCCCGCCUCCGCCUCGCCCGCGUCCCCCUCGCCCGCCGAUGUGGCUUACGAGGAGGGCCUGGCGCGCCUCAAGAUCCGCGCGCUGGAGAAGCUGGAGGUGGACCGGCGGCUGGAGCGGCUGAGCGAGGAGGUGGAGCAGAAGAUCGCGGGCCAGGUGGGUCGGCUGCAGGCCGAGCUGGAGCGCAAGGCGGCCGAGCUGGAGACGGCGCGGCAGGAGAGCGCGCGGCUGGGGCGCGAGAAGGAGGAGCUGGAGGAGCGGGCGUCCGAGCUCUCGCGCCAGGUGGACGUGAGCGUGGAGCUGCUGGCGUCGCUCAAGCAGGACCUGGUGCACAAGGAACAGGAGCUGAGCCGCAAGCAGCAGGAGGUGGUGCAGAUCGACCAGUUCCUGAAGGAGACGGCGGCGCGGGAGGCCAGCGCCAAGCUGCGGCUGCAGCAGUUCAUCGAGGAGCUGCUGGAGCGCGCGGACCGCGCCGAGCGGCAGCUGCAGGUCAUCAGCAGCAGCUGUGGCAGCACCCCGAGCGCCAGCCUGGGCCGCGGAGGGGGAGGAAGUGGCGCUGGGCCCGGUACCCGGGGCCCUGGCAGAAUGCGAGAACACCACGCGGGCCCGGCCAUGCCUAGCACAUACGCCGUGUCGAGGCAUGGCUCCUCUCCCAGCACAGGGGCCUCCAGCCGUGUCCCCGCUGCAUCCCAGAGCUCAGGCUGCUAUGACAGUGACAGUCUGGAGCUACCCCGGCCAGAAGAGGGGGCCCCCGAGGACAGUGGCCCUGGGGGCUUGGGCACACGGGCCCAGGCUGCCAACGGCGGCUCGGAGCGCACCCAGGCCCCUCGCAGCUCAGGCCUGCGGCGCCAGGCCAUCCAGAACUGGCAGCGCAGACCCCGCCGACACAGCACGGAGGGGGAGGAGGGUGAUGUCUCGGAUGUGGGCUCCCGAACCACGGAGUCAGAGGCUGAGGGCCCCUCAGAUGCCCCCCGUCCUGGGCCUGCUCUGGCUGGGCCACUGAGCAGCUGCCGGCUCUCAGCCCGCCCUGAGGGAGGCAGUGGGCGGGGUCGGCGAGCGGAGAGGGGCAGCCCCUCCCGCUCCAACGAGGUCAUCAGCCCGGAGAUCCUCAAGAUGCGAGCCGCCCUGUUCUGCAUCUUCACCUACCUGGACACGCGCACGCUGCUGCACGCGGCCGAGGUCUGCCGAGACUGGCGCUUCGUGGCUCGCCACCCCGCGGUCUGGACACGGGUGCUGCUCGAGAACGCCCGCGUCUGUUCCAAGUUCCUGGCCAUGCUGGCUCAGUGGUGCACCCAGGCGCACUCGCUGACCCUGCAGAACUUGAAGCCCCGGCAGCGGGGCAAGAAGGAGAGCAAGGAAGAGUACGCGCGGAGCACCCGGGGCUGCCUGGAGGCGGGGCUGGAGUCCCUGUUGAAGGCGGCGGGGGGGAAUCUGCUGAUCCUGCGCAUCUCCCACUGUCCCAACAUCCUCACUGACCGCUCCCUCUGGCUGGCCAGCUGCUACUGCCGCGCCCUGCAGGCCGUCACCUACAGGAGCGCCACAGACCCCGUGGGCCAUGAGGUCAUUUGGGCCCUGGGCGCAGGCUGCAGAGAGAUUGUCUCCCUCCAGGUGGCGCCACUUCACCCUUGCCAGCAGCCCACGCGCUUCAGUAACCGCUGCCUGCAGAUGAUUGGUCGCUGUUGGCCGCACCUUCGGGCCCUGGGGGUUGGGGGUGCUGGCUGUGGGGUGCAGGGCCUGGCGUCACUUGCAAGAAACUGCAUGCGGCUGCAGGUCCUGGAGCUGGACCAUGUGUCGGAGAUCACCCAGGAGGUGGCAGCUGAGGUCUGCCGGGAAGGCCUGAAGGGACUGGAGAUGUUGGUGCUCACGGCCACCCCCGUCACCCCCAAGGCCCUGCUGCAUUUCAACAAUCUUUAUUGCCCUAUGCUCAACCCCCAUGGGACAUACGAGAUAUGA